ACGAUGUGUAGCCUAUUCUAUCCUCCGUCAGGAUAAAUCUGUUUUUUUUUUUUUUGUUUGUUUUUUUUUCAACAUUACCGUGAAAUGCAUGCAAUGCAGUGCACUAUAACUUACACGAGUGUCGCUUGGUUAACAAGAGGAGUGAAUAAUAUAACGGACGGGUCCUCAUGGGUUUUCGGAUAGCUACUUGCUUUCCGAAGUGAAAUUAGAUACAGUGACUAAGGAGAGUGGAACUUCGCGGGGCUUGACAAAGGGUCAAUUCCAGCAAACAAGUAAAGAGCUAGGCUCUCUCAUCGGUAAAGUUCUGGUUGUAGUCCACAACGACCUCUGUCUCACGUCACUGAGGUCAGGGAGACCAAAGAUGGCGACCACCUACUGCAGCUUCAACCUGCAAACGACCCCUGAGAAGUUUUACAUAGAGGCCUGUGAUGAGGGUGCCAGCGAUGUUUUGGUUAUUGAUAGGGUCUCCAAUGACAUGACACUCACAGGUGCUGUACAACAAACUGGGCAGGGCUGUGCAUUGCGGGUUCAGUGAGGAAGGAUGUUCCUCCAUCAGCUCUCUCCCAACCUAUCUGUGGGAUCUUGGGGACCAUACGCCUUAUGGCAGGUAUGUACCUCAUCAUCGUCACCAAGAAGAGCAAGGUGGGAGAUCUCUUGGGUCAUACUGUGUGGAAGGCCACUGACUUUCAAGUGAUCUCAUACAAGAAGACCAUCUUGCACUUAACAGAAAGCCAGCUCUGCAUGGCCUUUCAGAUGCAGAACAACAAGACCUUCCUGUCCAUGCUCCAUGGUGUGCUGACCACAGAUGGCUUCUACUUCUCCACAGACUAUGAUCUGACUCAUUCACUGCAGCGCCUGGCCUACACCAGCCCAGAGUUUCAGGGGAUGAGCCUGUUAGAGAGGGCAGAUCAGAGAUUCGUUUGGAACCGACAUCUCCUGAGAGAAUUCAUUGCACAACCAGAGCUCCAUAGGUUUGUAUAUCCCAUACUCCAUGGAUUUAUGACUAUGACCACCUGCUGUAUUAAUGGAAAGAUCUUUGAGUGGACUCUCAUCUCCAGGAGGAGCUGCUAUCGGGCAGGGGUGCGCUACUAUGUGAGAGGCAUUGACUCUGAAGGCUAUGCUGCCAACUUUGUUGAAACAGAACAGAUCAUUCAAUACAGUGGCUUCAAGGCUUCAUUUGUACAGACUCGAGGCUCCAUUCCAUUCUACUGGUCUCAGAGGCCAAACCUCAUGUAUAAGCCGACACCGCAAAUCAGCAGAACCAUCAAUCAUCUGGAUGGGUUCCAAAGGCAUUUUGACUCCCAAAUAGCCCUGUAUGGGAAACAAGUUAUUUUAAACCUGGUGAACCAGAAAGGCUGUGAAAAACCACUGGAACAGGCAUUCUCCGAAAUGGUGUCUAACCUUGCUAAUGGUAUGGUCAGGUACAUUGCCUUUGACUUCCACAAGGAGUGCAGCCGAAUGAGGUGGGACCGGCUGCAGAUUUUGGUGGACGCUGUUUCUGCAAUGCAGGAUGAAUUUGGCUACUUCAUGGUGGACCCUGAGGGUAAGGUGCUGAUGCAGCAGGACGGAACAUUCCGUAGCAACUGCAUGGACUGCUUGGACCGGACCAACGUUAUCCAGAGCCUGCUGGCCCGUCGGUCCCUGCAGUUCCAGCUGCAGAGCCUGGGAGUUCUCCAUGCAGGGCAGAGGAUUGAAGAGCAGACAGAUUUUGAGAAGAUGUAUAAGAAUGCCUGGGCAGAUAAUGCCAAUGCAUGUGCCAAACAGUACGCUGGCACUGGGGCCUUGAAAACAGACUUCACAAGGACAGGGAAGAGGACCCAGUGGGGUCUGGUGAUGGAUGGCUGGAACUCCUUGAUCAGAUACAUCAAAAAUAAUUUCUCUGAUGGGUUCAGACAGGAUUCCAUUGACCUCUUCCUGGGAAAUUAUGCCGUGGAUGAGAUGGACUUGGCCACUCCGCUUGAUGAGGCAAGAGACUGGAAGUUCCUCACACUCCCCAUCAUCAUGCUGGUUGCCUUCUCUAUGUGUGUUGUUUGCUUCCUCAUGGCAGGUGACACAUGGACGGAGACCUUAGCCUAUGUGCUUUUUUGGGGAACCGCGAGUGUAGGAACAGCUGCUGUUAUCCUCUUCAAUGGGCAGGAAUUUGUGGAUGCACCCAAGCUGGUGCAGAAGGAGCAGAUGGACUGAAUGUGUGUGUGUGGACAGCAGCUCAGUAAUACCGACUCCCAUUCCCAUCAGCACACAUGGAGUCUGUACUGACCUGUUACUGUACUCCUCAGUGGGAAGGGUGGAGUUUUCUAUUCCAGAGUUCAUCUUUCUUGUCCAGCAAGCAUCUGGAGUCUGUGCUGGCCUGCUGCUGUCCACACUGUUGUCGGAAAGUGGGGGGUCGGGUGUGUUGUCCCCAACCCCCAUAGUUCUGUUUUUAAUCUAACACUGUUUGCUGUUCUCUUUAUUCCCUCUCCCUCAAACACUGGAGACCUCAGCAGAGUGCCAUUGGUGUCUGGAAAGGGUUUAUCUGUUAAGUGCCUUUUACUGCCAAAUUGCACCUGUGCUUUUGGCAGGUUGUGAUGGAGAGGGUGGGGCAGGUGGUGUUAAAAGCUCCUAUGUCUUCCUUCAAUAACUUAAUGUCUUACCAAGCGAGGGGGAAGGCUGUUCUAUGGAGAAUCAUUUCUUGUCUGGUUACUGCACUUUCGACAGAUUUAUGGAGUUAUAUUUUCAGAUGACCUUUGUUUGGAUAUGUUUUAGUGGACAGAUUCUGCACAACCCUUGAACCAUACACAUGGAAGGAAACAAGGAAAAAAGUGCAUUUAUAGAUUUGUUGUACAUCCGCAGACUGCUUCAUUUUCAGAGUUUAUUGUAUUUAUAUUUUUUACUAUUCUUCAGUUCUUUACUCACUGUUACAUUACAUUACAUUACAUUCAUUUGGCAGACGCUUUUAUCCAAAGCGACGUACAAAAGUGCAUUUUCAUGAUCGUAGACAACUGCUGAACACGGGUUCAGUAAGGUACAAUUACUUAUUUUGUACAGCUAUUCCUAGCCGAGAACAAUGAACACUAUCCUGGUCUAACAUCUGCAAAGCCAACUAGGCAGAAGAACUGUUAAAAGGUCCACAGAGAAAUUGUGGGCACUUGGGAAGAUGAGGUUUCAUGAGUACAUUAUAGAUUAAUUUGCCUUGCAAGUUGAGUUUUUAUUUUCAUUGUCAUGAAUUUAUGUCGUUAUUAUACUUGUUCCUGAAUAUAAUGAACUUAAAGGGAAAGAGAAGGGACAUUCCCAUGUAGAUGUUUGGACUGCUGUAUUUUCUGCAUGGUAAUUAUGACAUUUCACAAUUCUUGUUCUUGAAUUUUAGUGUAGCAUUAGACCAAGGUAUGCACAGGCUUAAUAUGGCUAUGUACAUUAUUCUAUUAGUGUAAGAAGCAGACAAAUGACUGUAAGAGGACUAUAGCUGCCUAAAGGGGAGACCAAUUAAACAUAUUAUCCGGCUCUGCCUUGAUGAGUUGAACAAGAGAAGGAAUGUAUGCAUGUAACUGCUCAAUAAGCAAAAUGUGGACAUGAAUUUUGGGAUAUUCAAAUUUUAUUCUAAAUAUAACCUGAGAUAUUUCAAGUUCUCAGGAAUGUACUGCUUACUAAAGCAUGCAUCACUGGGCCCACCCACCACAUGUGCAAGGCCACUGCUGUUAUUUUUACUUUUUUAUUUUCGUUAUGCUUUUGCCACUUUUGAGAAAGGGCCAUAAAAUGCUAAAUCGGACCCCUCGAGAAGCACAGUGUGUCAAAUCUUGAAGCAGAUGGGCUACAGCAGCAGAAGAGCACACCCAGCUUCCACUCCUGUCAGUUAAGAACAGGAAGAUGAGGCUACAAUGGGUACAUGAUCACCAAAACGGACAGUGACUUCAGUUUACUCCAAUGGCCUGCACAGUCUCCAGAUCUCGAUCCAAUAGAGCACCUUUUGGAUGUACUAGAAUGAGGGUUUGCAGCAUGAAUGCGGGGCUGAAAAAUCAGUAGACCUGGAACUGCACACAUUCUGUAGAACAUACUGCAAGUUUUUGCAUGGUAUGUGUGCCAGAUCUGUCAUGUUGGAUUUCUUUAUGACAUACUAUCCAUCCAGCUGGAUACAUAAGCAAUUUUUAUAAAGUGUGUUGUUCAACAUGUUUACUUCAUCUGUCAUUUGAAUCGGCAGACCUCUGAGUUGGUCUUCAGCUACUAAAGUACACUGGUCUCUGAUCAGUGUUUUCUUGUGGUUUAGACCCAGAAAAACUGGAAGAAAAUAAUAAUAAAAAAAGAACUACAGUAGAACUAAAACAAAACAUUCCGGGCAUUUAGACUAGGUAUACUGAGUUACGAGGGGAAAGUAAAAAAUACAAAAGAAAAAAAAAUCCCCUUCCCCAGUAAUUCCCUAGCUGUGGCCAUUAGCCUGACAGAGGAUGUUGUGAGGUCCG